GUUCCUGAUCCUUCUCCUGAAGAACGAGAGGGAGAGAAAUGAGCGCCAAUCUCGAGGAGGGGCGAGUAUGUCAUUUUCUUGGCGGCAUAUAAAGCCUCAGGCACGUGCCACCCGCCCAAAAAAACAUCAUCUCAUCUCAGCUCCAACGCACCCUUCCCCGUUGUUCUGCUUGCCGCGAGUCUAGUUCGCCUCCCCUCCCCUCCCCUCCCUCGCUUUGCUGGUUCCUCGGGUAUUGUCUGAGGUAUAUUCAGUUAUAACUCGAUUGUUACGAAGUGUCCAGGAUCAGGUUGGUGUCUCUCACUCUCCUCUCUUUCAGUCAAUCGCGCAUCUCCCAACUGAUGAGCCCUUCAGGCCUCCACAGGACCACCAGCGCCAAGCUUUAGCCGACGAUUUACAAUCUUAACUCACGGUCACCGACCUGGAAGAUAGGAUGGCCGCAUAGACGGGUUAAAAAGACCCCAUCAUCUUGGAUUCCCCGUUUUACAUCGUAUGGCUCCCAUUGAGGCAACGCGUGGCUGAAUAGUCCAGGCGACUUCCCGACGUGCCUAGACAUGAUGAACCCUCAUCUGCCCGCGAUGCCCCAUGGGCAGCCACCCAUGCCUACUCCCCGGCGGCAGCAAGAUAUUUCUUACUCUACAGGCCCCCCUAAUAUGCGCUCUCCUCCCGCGUAUAUGGGAUAUCCUCCUCAUAUGAAUGGCCAUCUUCCUCCCGCUUAUACGCAGCAAUAUCCUCAUUGGUUCCCUCCUUACCCUCAAAUGCAGCCGCAUCCACGCCCAUUUCAGCCGCCGUACGCACCGAUGUAUGUCUCCACCUACCCGCCUCAACCUGCUAUGGCUCCGGCUCCUAUCCCACCCCCAUCGCUCCCCAUGCAUGCCAGGGCAUCAACUCCUCUCCAGUCCACCAUGUCUCCUCCUGUUGGACCAGCGCCUGCUCCGAUAAAUAUGCCAAUGCAAUCUCCUGCCGUCCUUCCCGUCCACCCCACGACUAGCCCUAUCAUGUCUUCGCCUUCUGCUUCAGUUCCCGAGAAGGCUCCUACGGUUCCAACCCCCGUGAAGCCUUUCCGUGCGCCGCUCCCUUGGCUCUCUGUUCCAGACCGUCCGUUCCCCGCCAGAGUCCCCCGCAGACGCCGAAAAAGCCGCGCCCUUCAGUCUUCUGUUUCAGUUGAACUGCCGGCAAAGGAUGCCCAGCAGGAUGGCCAUGAUGAAAGACAAGGUGUGAUGAAGGGUGUAGAGCCGCGCACCCAGAGUCCGUCCGAACCUCAAACCCCAACACUCUCUGUUGCACCGUCGGUCGCAAAUUCCACACAGCCCACCACCCCGUCUUCGGCUGUUCAACCUUCUGUCCGUCCUCAGUCGCAAUCUAAGGGAUCAAAGCCAGCAAUUCCUGUAGUUCCUGUUGUCCCCGUUAUCCCGGGUCCUGGUGCUCCGCGACAGGGGACCAAAGAUGAUACUAGCCACUCAUCUGAAACACGGAAAUUGUCUGGAGCAGUUACCAAUGUCGCAAGUGGGCUAGCUGAAGCCAGCUCUCCCGAGCACCCAAUGGAACAGGUAGAGGGUAUUACUUCGGAGGGUUCAUCCAAACCACCUUCUCCCGCUCGUACGGCACCAAAGUCCUGGGCGGACCUGGUUCGAGCCAAGAACCAAUCGAAGAUUGCAGGCGUCACUGGUGCCCCAUCUGCUGUAUCGAACGGUGUGGUAAAACAUAAGAGUGAAUCUCUUGCAGAUGUAUUGGUAAACAUGGGAGAUGAUGUCUCCCAGUAUAGCGACAAGACUGCGUUUCUUGAGCCCAGGGGACUUGUGAAUACCGGGAACAUGUGCUAUAUGAACUCUGUUCUUCAGAUUUUGGUUUCUUGUGUACCUUUUUAUCAGUUCUUGGACCAUAUUGGCCGGCGAGCAUCACAUAGUUUCCAGAGUGAUUUCCCAAUGAUUGAUGCUUUGAUUAUGUUUAUGAAAGAGUUUCGUGUUAUUGAUGCUGCUCAUUCUGAGGAACAGUUGAGGUUAAGGUUGAAACCCAACGAACUUGAGCAAUACGGUGAUUCUUUUAUCCCAGAGUUCGUUUACCAGGUCAUUCGGCAGUUGCCGCGCUUUCGAGACAUGCGCGUACGUUCUUCCUUGUUUCAGCCAAUAUAUGCUCAGUUGACUAAUUAUCCCAACACACAGCGAGGACAUCAACAAGAUGCUCAAGAGUUCUUGGGUUUCCUGUUGGAGGAAAUGCACGAAGAAUGUGCUCGUGCCGCAAAAGAUGCGCCAUCUACGAAGACUGAUGGUGCAGCAUCUCUGAGCGAAGAGCCAUCUGCAGUUGAUGACGAGUCUGGUGAUGGGUGGUUAGAGGUUGGUCAUAAGCAGAAGCCUACGGUUACAAGAUCUUCUGGUCACAUGUCUUACGAAUCACCUAUCAUGAGGAUAUUCGGUGGGCAAAUUCGGUCUGAAUUCAAAGUUCCUGGGAACAAGACUUCUGUGACCUUGGAGCCUUACCAACCCUUACAGUUGGAUAUUGGCUCGCCCGAGAUCAAUAAUAUUGUCGAUGCUCUCAGAGGACUGACAAAACCGGAGAGUAUCCAAGGAGAUUUCAACUCUUCGCGUGGCCCGAAUGUCACGGCAACGAAACAGAUAUUCAUUGAGAAUCUACCACCCGUUCUUAUUCUUCACCUCAAACGUUUCCAGUACGACAGCGUUACCAGAGGGACCCAAAAAAUCUGGAAGAAAAUUGGAUAUCCUCUUGACUUGGAGAUCCCUCGCGAAGUGUUACCUCCUAACAGGCGCAAUAUCAUGAUGGCCCAGGGUGGACUGCCCAAGUACCGACUGAUCGGCGUCAUCUACCACCACGGCAAAAACGCAAGUGGUGGCCAUUAUACUGUCGACGUCCGUCGCCAGGAUGGUCGCGAAUGGAUUCGCCUUGAUGACACUGUCAUUCGCCGUGUCAGAAGCGAGGAUGUCGCGGAAGCCGGCGGCGAAGAAGAUCCCAAGGUGCUUGCGGCAGCCCUUGAACAACAUAAGCGUGACACCAAUACGAAUAUCUAUGAGCAAAUUGAUGAUUUGGAUCAGUCUGAUAAUGAGAGAGGUUGGAGUCAGGUCAAUGGAACAGGCUCCAGUAAUCACUCAAGCAAAAAGUCCACUUCAGCCAUUACCAACGGAGCUCCAGCGACGUCUAAAGCACCUUCCGGGACUAGGACUCCAAUUGGACGAUACGGGUCCAAGGACAAUAAGGUUGCAUACCUGUUGUUCUACGAACGCAUUGUAUGAUUUAUGAGGAGCGCACAGGAGGAAAUGUCGACAACUCCUUAAAGAAGAUAUAAGCCAAAGGUCACUCUAGUAAUUCUCGACUUACAUACAUUGCUCCUACCUUGUUAUCUGCUGUGGCAGAUUGUUCUACGUUUGAUUAUACCAAUUAUGUCUGAUGGCACUCUUCGUCUGAUAUUGAAUUAUCACAUAUGAGAGUAUCUUAGUUGGCAUUCUGUGUUGGUUGCUUGUUGUAGCAAUCUCGGCGACCG